CUGCACUGGGAGGUUACCCUUACAAAAUCCUAUGACUUCACGAUAUGGGGUCCGCACAGAGCAAAGCCGAAGAAGUUGCUGUGCGACAAAAUCUCAAACGAAAUAAGAGGCCUCUGAACAUUCUGAUUCUUGGCCAUACAGGGGCAGGAAAGUCUACCUUCAUCAACUCCAUGCAGAUGGCUCUCGGUCACAAAUGGUGUGACAUGGCGCGAAGUGGCAGUGGCUACGGUCAAAACAUCACGUUCUUAUUGACAAAAUACGAAAUGUUCUUGGAUGAGAAUAACGAAACCCCAGUAGAAGGCUAUGCACACAAAGUGUGCUUUUGGGACUGCGCCGGCUUCACUGAUCACGGUGACGAUGUAUAUGUGAACUUCAUAGGACGUGUGUUGGAGGGGUGUGUUCCAGACGGAACAAAUGUGCUGGAUGCGUCCAAUCAGCUUCGAGACGAUGCCGAGAGGGUUUUGAGCCAAUUCUCAGAAAGAGACCCGAGCAGGAAGUUUCAUCGUAUCGUUCUUUUAUUGGAGGCCGACAAACCACUGCCGAGAAACUUAAUGGAAGCCGUGCGACAGGCAGCAGAGGUCAGGGACAGAGCUAUUCCCCUUUUCCUUCUGAUAACGAAGCUUGAUAAGAUCGGCACAAACAACCAAGCCUACGAAGAAAGAAAGCAGGAGGCGUUACAAGCACUGAACCUGGUUGGCGAAAAUCAAAAGUUUUGUGAAACCUAUCUGUACUGUAAUGCUAAGUGUCGCCGUAAUCAUCUUCAGCAAUUUAAUCCGGUGGCAGAGAUCGAUAAAAGAUUAAUGGCAUUUUGUUUUAACCUGACUAACAGCUCUUACGAACAGGGUACCGUGUAUGAAAACCCCUGAAAUGUUAUAGUUCAAGUAGUCACCAUGACAUUGAAUUGAGAAAUGCUGAAGGGAACUUAAAUGAAUGUAAUGAAGUGAAAUUCCUCAAAUAAUCUAAAUAGACCUAGUCUAAUCGUUAAUAUGUUCUUUCAUUUCAUUUUCGUGUUCUUUCUUUUGUGAAUCUCGAAAACAAUUAUUUUCAAACAGCAAAUGGCCAAAUAUAUGUAUUUUGUUAAAACUCUUUACCACACAAUAGGUAAUUUAUUGCAGAUUUUGCAGUUGGAAUAUAUAGCCCUAACGUAAAUAUGGUGGUCUUAUUGUUGUUUCUUUGCCAUACACUGUACCAGCUACAGUUGUUGAGCAAUAAAGUUGAUUGAUUGAUUGAUUGAUUGAUAUAUUAAUGACUAGAAGUGUGAAGCCAUGAUUCCGUGACACACAAAUUGUAUUGAACAGAAUUUGUUACUUUAUGCUUGCUAAACGUAAGCAGAUGAUGACAAUGUUUCAACUUAUUACACUUAUUUAAGAUUUGUCUCUUAAAGGUCAGACUAUCAAGCAAACCAAACAAGAAAGAAAAAAAUGCAGAGAAUACAGAACGUUUCACAUUCCAUUGACUGUACGAUUGUUAAGUUUCUUGACUGAACCGAAUGUCUACAACUGUCGACUAAUCGGAUUUUUGUCAGCUAUAACCUGAGCACCUACAGGUAACUCGUCAAGAUAAAAGGGGCACGUACUUAAAGGGCAAUCAUGAUAUUUCCUGUAAUGAUGUAGGGUGUGUAAGUGUGACCAUCUAAACAAUAAUUCAUCCCAGUCUACAAAAAGCAAUAAUUUGUUGUAAAGUUGAAAGAAUUUAUGUUGUGUUACAAAAAACAAUGCCGAAGAUUAUUACAGUGAUAUUUUAGAAAUACAAAUGUGUUUGUUUCACAUGAUCAUGAAUUGCAUACGAAAUACGUAAAGCCGGUCUCCUCAAUUGUGGUAAGGGCUUUUAGAAGUUUAUUGUCGCUUGAUGCAAACUCAUUUGGAAACACUGGAAAAUUAAAGA